GUCUCUGGUUCCGCAGACUCCCACCGCGCUUUGCCGCUCAGUUGGACUGGCCAGGAAAGCGGACAACCAAACAGUGCUUCAUCAGUUCUGCUGCCCGGCCCCCGAGGCCCCCGAGGGGGAGACCUCUACCGCUUGUGUCCCCAGAUCGAAAUGUUAGAGCACAAAUACGGUGGCCACCUCAUCUCUCGCCGUGCUGCCUGCAAGAUCCAGACUGCCUUCCGCCAGUACCAGCUCAGCAAGAACUUUGAGAAGAUCCGCAAUUCGCUGCUGGAGAGUCGUCUGCCUCGGCGCAUCUCCCUGCGCAAGGUCCGUGUGCAAAACACGGAGGGUUUCUCUGCUGAACGGGCCCUGGCAGAAGGCUGUAGCUUGGCAGGUAUCCCAUUGGUGCGCUCACCAUCUCUGCCUGCCACAGUUGGUGGCACUCUGACCGACCUGGAAGACUCAUUCACUGAACAGGUCCAGUCACUGGCAAAGUCCAUAGACGAUGCACUCAGCAACUGGAGCCUGAAGACCAUGUGUUCACUGCAAGAAGGCGGCACUUAUCAGUUCAGUGCCGACUCCUUCAGUGCUGCUGCAGCUACUGCUGCAGGAGUAGGAGGUGGAGGAGAGGGAAGUGGUGUGGGAGAGUCAACAAUUCAUCAAGGCCCGGUGGACCCAAGUGACCUGUCAAGAAGCGCAAGCAAGCUGCUGAUGGCCUUCCGGGAUGUGACAGUGCAGAUUGACAGCCAGAACUUCCGUGUUUCAUCUUCAGUCAUGGAAUCGUCCACUUCUGUCACCCUCGGCAGCUGCAUCCAACAAGAAGGAGCCUCCACAACUGUCACUGCUACUUCCACAUCAACAAACUCUACUCCAGCCUCCAUUCCACCUUACCCUUCACAAGAACCUCCUCCUCCCCCAGCAGAAGUUCCAGCUGAACCCAUAGAUCCCCCUCCGCCCCCACAAGAGCCUCCACCACCCCCAGAAUUAGAGAUAGAAGGAGGCGAUCAGGAUGUUGAAUUCCCCGCUCCCCCUCCAAGUGAAGAAGAGCUUGAGGAGGAGGAGCAACCUCCCUUGACCCCUCUGGACAAGAUGGCUGCCCCUCAGAGUCCAGAGGAGGUGAUGGUGGUGCUGCCGCCACCACCACCACCAACAACAGAACUCCCUCAGGCCCCUCCACCACAUGAGGCUGUACCAUUGGGGAGCUCUCCUGUGGUAGAGCCGCUGGAGGUCAAGAGGUGUGGUUCUGAAAUGGCAGACAACAGCUCGGAGCAGAUGAGCAGCAGCAGCACAUCCACAGAGGCACGCUCCACUUCUGAAGCCUCAUCCAAGGAGGCCCUGCAGGCCAUGAUCCUCAGUCUGCCACGCUACCACUGUGAGAACCCCACCAGCUGUAAGUCACCCACGCUGUCUACUGACGUCAUGCGAAAGCGCCUCUACCGCAUUGGCCUGAACCUCUUCAAUGUAAACCCCGACAAGGGCCUUCAGUUCCUGAUCUCACGAGGCUUCAUCCCAGACACCCCAAUCGGCGUGGCCCACUUCUUGCUACAGAGGAAGGGCCUGAGUCGACAGAUGAUUGGAGAAUUCCUCGGCAACAGCAAGAAGCCCUUCAACAGAGAUGUCCUAGAUUGUGUAGUGGAUGAGAUGGACUUCUCGGGCAUGGAGCUGGACGAAGCACUGAGGAAAUUUCAGGCCCACAUUCGUGUCCAGGGAGAAGCCCAGAAGGUGGAACGCCUUAUCGAGGCCUUCAGCCAGCGCUACUGCAUGUGUAACCCCGACGUGGUGCAGCAGUUUCACAACCCAGACACCAUCUUCAUCCUAGCCUUCGCCAUCAUUCUGCUCAACACAGACAUGUACAGUCCCAACAUCAAGCCCGACCGCAAGAUGUUAUUGGAGGACUUCAUACGCAAUUUACGAGGUGUGGAUGAUGGAGCGGACAUCCCGAGAGACAUGGUGGUGGGAAUCUAUGAAAGAAUACAACAGAGGGAGUUGCGCUCCAACGAAGACCACGUCACUUACGUCUCAAAGGUUGAGCAGUCCAUCGUAGGCAUGAAAACGGUUCUCUCUGUCCCUCACAGAAGACUGGUGUGCUGUAGUCGUCUUUUUGAGGUAACAGACGUCAACAAGGCCCAAAAACAGGCAGCACACCAGAGAGAAGUCUUCCUCUUCAAUGAUCUCAUUGUUAUCUUGAAAUUAUGUCCAAAGAAGAAGAGUUCAGCAGCCUACACUUUCUGCAAAGCCAUGGGCCUUCUUGGCAUGCAGUUCCACCUGUUUGAAAAUGAAUAUUACCCUCAUGGCAUCACCAUCCUCUCACCUUUUGGCUCAGACAAGAAGCAGGUACUUAACUUCUGCGCCCAAAGUGCUGAAGAGCUGCUCAAGUUUGUCGAAGAUCUGAAGGAAUCAAUCGCUGAGGUGUCAGAGAUGGAGCAGAUACGCAUCGAGUGGGAGCUGGAAAAGCAGCAAGGAGCAAAGACACACUCGGUAAAGAGCAACGGCACACAGCUAGAGCUGCGUGGCAAACAGGGCUCCCCAUCAGGAAACCAGGAGGUAGAUGAAAGAAGUGGACACAAUGCAGUAGAGGUGUCAAUUCACAACAGGCUUCAGACGUACCAGCUCAGCAGCAGCACGGCUCGGAGUCCCGAGAGCGUGGCCCUUCUUAACCACCGGGGGGAGCUGCUUUUCCAGCAGGGGCCCCAGGGGCUAACCCAGGGGCCGACGCCUCCACCUCAGCACCCACAGCUGCAGUCAGCGGCGAGCACCCCCGCCCACCACCUCCACCUCCAGCAGCACCACCAGCCCGCUGUCAGCAUGGCUGAUCUGCGGCCCGAGACACUCAUCCAGUGUCAGCAGAUCGUCAAGGUCAUCAUGCUCGACAACAGCGGCCACGGACGCAUGGAGGCCUUCCUCAGCCAAACGCCCACACACCACCACUACCAGCAUCACCACCACAGCCACCACCAGCUCAGCCAGUCGGCCAUGUCCACCCCAGUCCGCUCACCGGACAGCUCCCAUGGCAACGACGGCCACCAGCCCCCGCUGCCUCCCCCACCUCCGCCUUACAACCACCCGCACCAAUAUAUACCCCCCGACCCCCGCCUCAGUCUACAUCGGACCCCAAGCGGCUCUCGGAGCAUGGUGUAAAUAAUGCUUAAUUAGUAUUCUUUCCCUGACACAUACACACUUACACACACAACCCUACCCCUUCUCUACCUACUUAAAAGUACAUAAUGUACAUAUAUACAUACAACUGAAAGAGCUGUAAUGAAAAAAUAAUAUCUCACUUAUAUGCAUAUAUUUAAGGAAAAAAAUAAUAAUUAAAAGAAAAAUUAAGGUUUUAAAAGAGAUACAGAGAAAUAAAGUGCAUAUAUAAAGUUUUACUUGACUCCACAUGUAUUUUGAAAUAUUAUGUAGUUUUAACAAAUUUCUAUAACUUUUUGUCAGUUUUAACUCUUGCUAGAGAAAACUCACAGAUAUUCAGUUUCUGGGUGGAUUCCUUGUAGUUCCCGUAUUCACCAAACAACAACAGAAAUAAGUGAAUCCCUUAAACUUUUUGGAUCGUCCGUCUCGGUGAUUGGUGGACACUCUCCAAGGACAGCUUCUGUUCAGCUUUUACCAUCCCAAAACCUCAUGCCUACUGUGCUGUAUGUGCGCGUGCGUGCAUAGUUGACACUUACUGAAAACGUGUGCCAAAAUACAUAAGCCUCCACUAAACACUGACUUCUUUGCACUUGACUUAACGCUAGGGCUAGAAGAAAAGAAAAAAAAAAAAACAACAAAAAAAAACUCCUUUGCUUUGAGAAAAUAGUCCUUUCACGCUUCUCCCAAAAGGAGCAGAAAAAAAUGAAUAACAAAACUGAUAUUUCAUAAAAACCUAUCUCCCCGUUUGCGCCGUUGCUGAUUUAUUUAUGUGAUGGAGAGCUUUCUCUCUUCUUCUCUGCUUCCCUGGAAAAAAAAAAAAAAAAAAAUGACAUCCUCCGAUAAGCUGUGUUUGUCAUCUGCUCCUCUGUUGUGUCAUGGCUCUCUAUCAUCAGAAAAUGCUCUCACUCAGUUGUCACUCUCCAUAUAUCAUUCUACAGUGAAGGAUGAUGGGAAACAAAGGCAACCAAUCAUAUGGAUUCCUGCUGAACCAAAAAGUCAACCCCAGCCCAGGAUGGUUCUGUUGAUUGUUUGUCUCGUCCUUGUUCAUAUUUAAUAUUGUUAAUGCUUCCCAGGAAUUCUUGCAACAUGUACUGUAUCUGAUGAUGAUCAUCUGCUUUUAUUUGAAAUGGUCACAUGAUGAAACUGCCCUUGGACUUUUCUAAACCUGCAAAAGAUUCAGCGUUCACAUGUACAGUGGUAUAUGUACAACACUCUGUGCUGUCAUGUGUUGUUCAUGAAAUGCUUCUUCGCUUUUCCAGGAAAUCAUACAUUUCCAUGAAGACGCUUAUGCUUCAACUGUUAAAUCUCUUUAUUUUAUCUUUCAUGAAGCAUUCAACCUUUUAUGUGUUUUCCGUCUGUGGAUAAAUGCAGGACUGAGUCCAACCACCAGUCAGACAAAACA